AUGGCCACCACCUACAACCAGAUGAACCCGCUGAUCAUCGCCGUAUUGAUUGGGUGCGGUGCUGCAUUUUCCAUCGAACAUUGGGUCUAUAAAAGAGAUGCGGUCACCGCCGUCAGCACGCGGAUUGACGCAGCCACGCUAGCAAAGAUCGAAACGAUUUGCGCUGCCCUCCCGACAGCGGCCCAAAGUGCAUGCUUGGCAAUCAAAGACGCGAUUAACAGCCAGGAGUCGGCGCAAGACCGGCACAAACUCAUCAAACAAGCCGUGCAGAGCGUUCGAGACCCGGCUGCCCUGGUGGCUCUCGAAGAUGCGCAGAUGAAGAUUAUCGGACUCGUACCAGAAGGCAAC